AUGGCUUUAAAAAAUAUUAUUGAUUUGACUGAUGGAGUUAUUUUAAGAUACAUAUGCACUUCUAAUGACUCUAGAAUAGAUAUAAAUAUAUUUAUUGGUAUUGUUUGCAGACUUACAAUUUUUACUAUUUUGAUAAUAUUCAAGGAUAUAAAAUAAUAUUCUAUUGGUGAACUUAUUGUUUGGUUUAUAGUGUGGCUAGUUUAACAUAUAUAUAUAUUGUGUAUUGAGAAAAAUUAUAUUAUACUAGGUGAAUCUAAAGUUCUUAGAAGAGAAAUAGAAUAUAAAAUUAUGGAUUCUUUACAAUUAUUAAUAGGAAUAAUAUUUUUAUCAUUGAACUUAAAUUCAUAUAUAGAAAUAUUAAUCUUAGUUUUAUUUUCAAUAUAUUUUUUAUUGAAUUUCUAUAUAAUAAUCUUUAAAAUAAAAAUAAAAGAAGGUUAUACAGAGAAUUUUUAAAAGUAAGGUGGUGUUUAUUAAUUUUAUAUUGGAUUUUUAUUUGGGGCUGUAUGUAUUACUUUUAUAUUAUAUCAUUUGGAGGGUAAUAUUUAAAAUAUUAAAAUACUUUGAGUGAUAUUUUGAUUAUAACAAUGAUUGGUUAAUUUAUAUUAGUAGUAUUUUCAUUUAUAAUAUUUUGUCGUCAUAAAUCGAAAUUCUUGUGGAGCAAUGAUUUGGCAAAAGGCAUAUUAGGAAUUUUCUAUGGAAUUAAAGUAGGAAUUUUCAGUAUCUUUUAUGGAUUUAUUGUUGGCUGUCUUUUAAUCAUAUGGUACAUUUGGGAAUUUUGUUUAAAAAAAUAUUACAUAGUCAAAAAAAAGAAAAGGUAGGAAACAGAAGAAAUAUGA